UUUCCCUUGCCUGAUAUCUAUUUAAGUACAUUUUAGUAAGUUUGAAUUUCUUGCUCGCUUCAUUUCACCUGACUAGGCAGGUCUGUGAGGGCUCAGAGCUUGGUCUUCUCUACUUUUUUUUGUUCGGUUUUCAAUUGUUAUUCCCAUUAAAGAGUCAUGUUAAAAAGGGUAUCCCGGAGCAUAUAAAUAAUGGGACGAGUUAGUAAUCAGCUAACUGUUCUAUACAGUGGGGUAAGGUUUUGGCUUAACUGAAGAAAGCACAAUGCUGUACUAUUUCUGAUCAGGAAACUGGAUCACAGAAGUCUUGACUGAGUCAAUGGGAUUUUUAUCUGCACAAAGACCAAAACUCCUGAAUAAGGACCUGAAGGUGUAGCCUAUGGAAAAUACCAACAGAGUUCACUAGAGAUCAAAAAUGCUGAAGGUCGAAAACAUAUUAUGACACCACUUCUGCCAAAUCUACUUCAUUGAACUAUUUUUAACUCCUCGCUAAAGAUGGGCAGCAAUGAGGCCAAAUGCAAGCAUGAGAGGAAGUUCUAAAUACACCCAAGCACAGAUGACAAAAUUACACAAAAGGUUUGUGCCUGCAGUAUCCACUCACAUAACAGAGGAGAAACUCCCGUUUUGUGAUUCCAUAAGGUGAAUUAAUGUAAAGUAAUACAUUCUGGAAGAAGAAUUCUAGGAGAAAACAUUGCAAACAAUUGGGAAUAUCCAACAGAAUCUUCUACCUAUUUGACAUAUGCAAUUAAUGCUUGGGAUAAUUUAUUCAUGACUCACAAGGACAAUGCAGGGAAAUAAGAAACACAUGGAUGUACUUAGUGACUCCUCUAGUAUAGGGAGCCUCCUGGAUGACACAGACAGAGAGGUAUGUAGCCUCACAGACCGAGCAUUCAAGAGUUUGUGCGUGGCAGAACUUGAAGCAUCUGACAAGGAAUUGGAGCUUGUCAUUUCACCGGAAAUCACCCACCAAUUCUCUGGUAAAAUUCACCAAGGAACACUAAACCAUGCCAUCAGGAAAAGUAAUAUCUGCAAUAAGUUAUCAUCGAAAAACAACGAGCAUACAACACAGGCUUCAACAUUCCAGCAAUUACCAAAACGUGUUCAAGAAGAGAAAAAAGUUGCUAAAAACAGCACUGCAGAAAGGAAAAAGCCAAAUUUGCCAAUAUCUGGUCCAAGGAAAAACAAACAUGCCUCCAAAGUGUCCUGUUUGAUUAAGACAUUCGAUAAGACUGAAAACCAAUAUCCAGAAGGUUCCCUGGGAGCAGUUAAAAAUAGUUCUCAAAAAUGCAAAUUAAUUCAGGGAAAUGACAUGGCUUUCUGGGAUGACACAGCAAUUUUAAAUAUCCAAAGGGAACUUUUCCACUUUUCUGAUCUGUGUCGAGAUAACCACUGGCUCAGUGACAAACACGAGGUCCAGAAGAGACAUAAUAAAAUUGAUGGGGGCUAUUGUGGUCCAGAUGGUUAUCAUCCUGUAUGGAUGGACACUUCAAACGUAUUUAAGGCAAAUCUCACCAGCUCUUCUAAAAAGACAGUCAAAAACAGGCGUGGGAAAGUUAAAGAGCCAAUCAAAAAGGGCAAUUUUCUUCACAGCGAGAACAGUGCUUUUGAAUCAUGGAAUGCCCAUCAUAAUAAACUAAGUGAAAAAGAGGAAUUUGCAGAUCAUAUACCAGAAAAGGAGGAUAUUACACACUUUGAAGAAACACCAUUGGUUAAACCAUCCUACACCUCUGAACAUAAACCACUACCCAGAAAGGUCAUAGGUGCUAGAAUUCAGGAAAAAGAUUUCCUAAUGGAUUUAUUUCCCCCCACAACUGAAUUCCAGGACCAUGUCCCACCAGCAACUGUACCUCAGGUCCUUGGCCCACUAAUGCCUGUACACCUUGACCCUCGAGAAGCUCAGUUUCAGGUUCCUAUUCUACCAGCACCUAUACCCCAAGUCUCUGGCCCAUCAACAUCUGUACCCCAGGUUUCUGUUCCAACAUCUGUAGCCCAGGUCUCUGGUCCACCCCUAGCACCCAUGUCCCAGACCCCUGAUCUCCCCUCAUCACCUGUAUUCAAGGCCCCAGCUCCACCACUGUCUAUGUCCCAAGUCACUUGCACUCAGAAGAAGGCAACCAAGCCUGAAUUGGACUAUAUCUGUCCACCAUGGAGGAAACAGAGAAAUAUAAAAGGGGUAGCAGCAAAAGCACAGGAGAAUUCAAAUGAAAAGUUACAGCUCAGUGGAGAGGAAUUCUCUUUUUAUAAAAAGCCAUCUGCUGUUGAACCUUUUGCUGACACAACUGCAGUAGAUAACCAGGUAAACUCCCCUGAAUCCAUUAGCCCCUCUUUCAACAUCACAAAACUUUUAACACCAAUCAUACCAUUAAAACUAGAGACAACAAAUCAACCAGUGCUGGUGACACCACCAAUACCUGACAUUGCAGCCACAAAAGAACAUGAGGGAAGUGGAUUUAGUGAUUAUCAAUCUCGGGAUAAUUACAAGUCUAAAGCACCAAGUUUAUUAUUCAACCUGAAGGAUGUUCGAAAACGUGUUAAAAGCACUUAUAGUCCUUCUCCUCUCUUAAAAGAGAAAAAUAAGGCUAAAGAAAACAUGAAACAAGAAAGUGUAAAAAUGAAUGCUACAGUGUCCAGUUUUCUAGAAGAAAGUAGCUUAGAGCUUGCAGAGAGAGAUGAAUUAAGCCAUGGAUCUUUGGUACAAACUGACAGUAUCCAAGAAAAGGACAAUAAAACUGAUUUAGAGGGACACGUCACAGAUAAUUACCUAUCUUUAAGUUCACCCCAAGUAACAGUAGAUACUUCAUUUUACCAAAAUCAGGACAAUUUGCGACAGGAUGAUUCAAAAAACAAAGAUCUAUUGAAAGACACUGAGAACAGUGAAAAUGUGUCCAUCUCUGGACACCAGUCAAACAAACACGGUUUAAGGAAAAGUCAACAUUAUCCUUCACUGAAAGGCUACAGUAGAGACAAUGCAGAUGCAAAAGCUGUGCAGCAAAUGCAAAUGUAUAAUUCGAGUGUACAAGGCCACGAAAAUGAGAAAGAUGCUGAAAGCCAGAAUGGAAAUGAUGACCCUAAAAUUCCCCCAAAACUUCUUUCACCAGCAGAAGAUGAUGCACCGAACAAUGCAAAUCAAACCAGUGUAAGAAGUAGCAAUGAAAAUAAAGGCAAAAGCAGCAGUAGUUCUUCCGAAUACUCUUUUGUGCCCACAGUCGAUCAGCCAUUUCAGGAGGAGCCCUUUUCACUGAUUCAGCUGUUUCAGAAAGCAUGCCUUGAAGAAAGCCAGAGGAGUAGGAGUAAAAUGAAUAUAGAUGACAAGCAAAGUAGUAAAGUGAAAAGGAAACCGGUAGGGAAAGAGGAGUUGCAGUAUUAUGCGUUUAGUAACUGUGACACCAGCACAGAAGAAAAGCCUGAAAGAAAGGUGGCCCAGGGUGACAGCGAGAGCAUGGCAGAAGAGAAAUUGAUGAGUGAGAAGAGGGAAGAGAUCAGUAGUAUGAAUUCUCCAGCAGAAGGCAACAAGGAUGCUUCCACCUCCCUGUUACAAGAGCCAGCAUCACCACUGUCUUCAAAUUCAUUCAAACCCAGUCUGUUUCUGAUUAAAGACAACACAUUCAAAUCAUCUCCUGUGAUAAAGGCAGUCAAGCUGCCUCUGCUUAGGUCCCUGUCCUCAGAAGAUACAGUCAGUAGUAGUUACAGGGACACAGAAAGCAGAUUGGAAGCUAGUGUAGAGAAGGACAAGCAGCUUUACAAGCAGGGCCAAGGUACACCUACCAUUCGAGAGAUUGACCGGUCAUUAUCAAGAAACAUAAAAGAACAGGAUGCAAGAGAAGAUGCACUAAUCAGAAAUGAGGAUGCCAAUGCACUGGGAUCUACUCCAGCUGGCACAGGCUUUCAAGGGGCAGAUAACACUAGACUAAUAUGGGACCCCACCCUUUCAGAAGAUGUAGGGAGUUUUUCAUUAAGGGCAUCAAGGGAAGACAAUGAAGUGACUCAUACUUUAUUAAAUAAAGUUGGGAAAAGUAAUGAGGAAAGUGUUCACCACAGCAAAGAGAAGCCCAUGGUUGGAAAGAUGAAGCACUACUUAGCACGGUCAAAAUCAGCUUUAGGAAUUAGCUCAGCACAAAACAAAUUGAGCUCCCCUUCAGAAGAGAAGACAAAUUAUUUUAAGAAUUAUCUUUUGUCUAAUCGGAGAGGUGGAUCAUGUGCGAAAAAAAUAAUCACUAGGGAGAUAAAUUCUCCUGCAAUAAGCUCGAUAUUAGAGAACCAUGUGUAUUGUCCUGUAACCAGUGACGUGUCAAGAGACAUCAGACACUUGGAAGAAAUACCUGCUGUGUUAGACGAUCUUGAGUGUACCAUUGUAACAAACCCAAGGUCAGACAGCAUUACGUUCUCAGCUGUUACCAGUCCAUUGUCAGAGAAAAUUGCCAGUUCUAGUGUAACAAAGGCAGAGGAUAUUACAAAUUCCACUUUGUUGAAUUUGGUAACGAAGAACAAUGCUGAUAUUUCUGCAGAGGAAAUACUCGAUUCAGUGAGGAGGAGCCUGCUCGCUGAGGACACCAGCAAUUCUAGAAUGACAAACGAGAGAUCACAGAGUCAUAUGGAGAAACCGCUGGGCAAGCCACCUGCUGUGCCACCAAAAAGCGAAAAGGCCCUGCGGCGAGCAAAAAAGCUGGCAAACAAGAGAAAAAAGAUAGAAGCACAGCAAAAGAACCUUCAAACAGAGCACAAAGAUACUGUUGUGAGAAAGCUGUCCCAUUCUGGACAGAUUCCAUUAUCCCCCUUAACCCUGAUCCAUUCUCCACCAUCUCCUGUGUCCUGUUCGCCUUUCCCUCCUACAGAAUCUAGCAUGGUGAGACUCAAAGGUGCCCAGUCAGUAAGCCCCAUACCCUCUUUACCUGCAACUCAGCGUAAACUCCUUCAAGAUCCUGACUCAGGGCAGUACUUUGUUGUCGAUCUCUCUGGUCAAGUUCAUUUAAAGACCUUUUAUGAGCCAGAAACUGGCAAAUACAUCCAGGUACCCAUCUGUUCCUCAGAAAGGGGCUUACACCAAACCGCCUCUUUGGAAAAUUUAAGUUCUCCUUGUGUAUUAUACCCUAGUGCGCUACCUUUACCUGUGGCACCUAUGAGAUCAGUUUCCCAACUCUCUGAACCUCUUUCACUAAUGCAGAAAGUACCAGGAGCACCAGCAGAAGCAGCUGAAGACUGUUGGCAAGAUGGCAGAGAUGCUCAAUCGCCAGAGAGUCAACCCUAUAUUGAACCUGUAUCUGACUCUCACAGUCAACACGCUGAGGAAACUCAGUGUAAUUGUACAAAAGACACAAGUCCAGCUACAAACAUGGACAUCAUUUCAAUCAGUGAUUUAGAGGAUUUUGCUGUUGAAGGGAUAUCUUAAGAACUGAAAUGAUAAAUUAUUUGAAAUAUAAAUAUAUUCAGACAGACUCACAUUCGAGAUAUGUAAACACUAAAAGUCUGAAUCUUGUUGUGGCUUGGUUUGGGUGAGAAAGAAAAUGAAAGCUUGCAACUCCAAAGGGGAGAGGUGUCACUGUGAAGAAAUUUGCUGUUGGGGUGAGCCCCUGGCUUAUCAACAAAACAAAGGGGCAAUGCUGGCAAAAUCCAAAUCUGAUGGUAGGAAACCACCUACUGCUGCUGCUGCUGCUGCUACUGCUGUUGCUUUGCCACUAGGGUCGCAAAGAUGGCAAAACUGGAGGCGAUCUUGUCCAGUGCUUGGAAUGGUCUGUGUGACAGAUGACGGGGAGUAAGAGUGCUGAGUAGCACAGUCUCAGAACAGAAUAGACAGCAACUCUAAUUAAGACUCUUCACGCUCUCUGUCUUGGACCCACAUUUACCAAUAGACAAUAUUGGGCUGUGAACAUCAGAUAUACUUGACAGAGAGUCACCUUUUUUGUGUACACUGAAAAGCCAAAAUUUAAUGACUAGAUUAUUGUAUAUUGGAUAUACAAAACAGCACCUGAAUUGAAAGCAAAUCAAAACCCUGAAAAGUAAAAGCAGCAGCUCUGCUCUUCUGAUAUACCUGUGUAUGCCCGCUAAAGUGCUGCUAGCAUUUUAAGAUUGACGAAUAGUUCCAUAUAUUCACCCACAGUCUCAGGAGUUACAACAGAUUGAAACUUGGCCUGGAAAUAGUCUACCAAGGAGCAAAAUUGAAAGAGAUGCAGUUGCAAUAUGCUUUGUUAGAAUGGGAAAACUUUGGAUCAUUGUAUUUCAGAUGCUUUUCUUUUUCUUACCAAGCUCCAGUGAAACACAAAGCUAACCUUAAAAAAAGUGAGAAAUGUUUAGUUGUUCUUUAUUUCGGACUGGUGCAUUCUGUGAUUUUAAAAAGUGACAAGGAACAGCCAACUUAGUAAUUUCUAGAAAGUGCAGUAAGUAAGCAACUUAUUUUGAUCAUCGCUUUUUUUGAAAGAUCUGUAUCAAAUUUGUACCACCCUUUUUUAAGCUCUUUUUUUCACCAUAUACUGGAGGAUACCUUGUCAAAGAUCUGCAUAGUCAGAAAUGCAUGGUCACAAGAUGGCACAAGUAUAAUAUACAUUAAUAUGUCUGCUUAUAAAUGUCUCUAUUCUGUGCACUGGUUUCUUUUUUAAUUCUUACCACUUCCAUUUUUCCUCCAAAGGAAAUAUAAAAGUAAAAGCUGUAUAGAAGAAUAACUUCGGGCCUGAUUCUCCUCUUACACCAGAAUAACUCAGUUGUCUCCAGUAGAGUUUCUCUUGAUUUUCAAUUGAGUAAGAAAGGGGAGAAUCAGGCCUUUUGUCUAUAAUUGAAGAAAAACAGUCAAAAAGCUGAAUUCUAAACAAUAAGUCUGACAGUUGUUGUUCUUUUGGCAUAGCCUAACAGGCUCCAGGAAAUUCUGGAUUUCUCAUGAGAGACCUUGUUCUCAUGACAUAGACCAAAGGGGUUUGAUUAAACUUCACUUUUUCAAUAUUUCCCCAAACUGAGCAUGGAUUUCAAACCAUCUGAGGUUCACCCAUCGCUGGCACACACCUGUACAUUCAGAACCUAUACUAGCCAAACAAAUGCUGCCAUUCAUCGCACCCAUUCAAUGAUACAGUUCCCUUAGAGUCAAUAGUCUAUGGGAAUCAUUCUGUUUAUUUCAGUGGGCUUUGGAUUGGGCCCUAAAUUAUUUUUUCAUGCAUAUUUUAAUGGUUGUGGAGAACUAUGCAAAACUGACGCAAUUUUGUGACUUGGGGGCCAGUUUGCACCUCUAGGAUUUGAGUUUUCAAUGAAAUUCAACAAGAUGUCUAAAUAUAAGCAAAUAUUCUGUGACAAUUCAAAUUUCUAUGCAAUCUUUGACUUGGAGUGGGCUCAUUUUACCUCAGAAAAAUGCAUUCCAGUUUCCCCUGGAAAAGGGGCUCAUUUUUGAGCACAAGCAUUUGUAAAACAUGAGUGUUUCAGGAACAAAUAUCCCUUCUCAAAUCGGUAUGGUAAGGCACGAGUCCAAUGUUGAACGCUUUUCUCUUUUAUUGCCAAUAUUUUGCAAACUUCUAACAUGGUACCAUCCACAUUAGAAGCAUAGGACUGGAAGGGACCUUAAAAGGUUAUCUAGUCCAGUUCCCCGCCCUCAAGGCAUUGUACUUUCCUGUCUGCUGUGCCAACCUUUAUACAACACAACAGCUUAUCAAGCACAAAACAAGUAUGUAUAUAAAUAUUUCUAGGCUUGGAAUGAUUAGAUUUUUAUUUGUAAAUGUUGAUUUCACUGAACACACACA